GAGCCGUCAAAACAAUUGCCUCGAGCGGCAGCCAUGAUGGAUUUAAAGGGGCAGUAUUCGCAAGGGCUGCAGCCAGACCGAGGGACUGCUGCCCAGGUGAGGUCCCUUGGCCAGGAUGUCGGGCCUGGUGUUGGGGCAGCGGGAUGAGCCUGCAGGGCACCGACUGAGCCAGGAGGAGAUCCUGGGGAGCACUCGGCUGGUGAGCCAGGGGCUGGAGGCCCUACACAGUGAACACCAAGCUGUGCUGCAAAGUCUGUCCCACACCAUCGAGUGUCUGCAGCAGGGAGGCCAUGAGGAAGGGCUGGUGCAUGAGAAGGCCAGGCAGCUGCGCCGUUCCAUGGAAAACAUCGAGCUGGGGCUGAGUGAGGCCCAGGUGAUGCUGGCUCUAGCCAACCACCUGAGCACAGUGGAGUCGGAGAAACAGAAGCUGCGGGCUCAGGUGCGGCGGCUGUGCCAGGAAAACCAGUGGCUCCGGGAUGAGCUGGCAGGCACCCAGCAGCGGCUGCAGCACAGUGAACAGGCUGUGGCUCAGCUGGAGGAGGAGAAGAAGCACCUGGAGUUCCUGGGGCAGCUGAGGCAGUAUGAUGAGGAUGGGCACACCGCAGAGGAGAAAGAGGGCGACGCUACCAAGGAUUCCCUGGAUGACCUUUUCCCCAAUGAAGAAGAAGAGGACCCCAGCAAUGGCUUGUCCCGUGGCCAGGGCACCCAGCCAGGCGGAUAUGAAAUCCCAGCAAGGUUGCGGACGCUGCACAACCUGGUGAUCCAGUACGCAGCCCAGGGUCGCUAUGAGGUGGCUGUGCCACUCUGCAAGCAGGCAUUAGAGGACCUGGAGCGCACAUCCGGCCGUGGCCACCCCGAUGUUGCCACCAUGCUCAACAUCCUCGCCUUGGUAUAUCGGGACCAGAAUAAGUAUAAGGAAGCUGCCCAUCUACUGAAUGAUGCCCUCAGCAUCCGAGAGAGCACCCUGGGCCGGGACCACCCUGCUGUGGCUGCCACACUCAAUAAUCUGGCUGUGCUCUACGGCAAAAGGGGCAAAUACAAGGAGGCGGAGCCACUGUGCCAGCGGGCACUGGAGAUUCGUGAAAAGGUCCUGGGUGCUGACCACCCAGAUGUGGCAAAGCAGCUGAACAACCUGGCCCUGUUGUGCCAGAACCAGGGCAAGUAUGAGGCCGUGGAGCGCUAUUACCGGCGGGCUCUGGCCAUCUAUGAAGGGCAGCUGGGGCCAGACAACCCUAAUGUAGCCCGGACCAAGAACAACCUGGCUUCCUGUUACCUGAAACAGGGCAAAUAUGCUGAGGCUGAGAUACUGUACAAAGAGAUCCUGACCCGUGCCCAUGUGCAGGAGUUUGGGUCUGUGGAUGACGACCACAAGCCCAUCUGGAUGCAUGCAGAGGAGCGGGAGGAAAUGAGCAAAAGCCAGCACCGUGAUGGUGGUACACCCUACGCUGAGUACGGAGGCUGGUACAAGGCCUGCAAAGUGAGCAGCCCCACAGUGAACACUACUCUGAGGAACCUAGGAGCUCUGUACAGGCGCCAGGGAAAGCUGGAGGCAGCUGAGACUCUGGAGGAAUGUGCCCUGCGUUCCCGGAAACAGGGUACCGACCCCAUCAGCCAGACCAAGGUGGCAGAGCUGCUUGGAGAGGGUGAUGGUAGAAGGACCUCCCAGGAGAGCCCAGGGAGCGUGAAAUUUGAAGGAGGUGAAGAUGUCUCUGUGGCUGUGGAGUGGUCAGGGGAUGGAAGUGGGACCCUGCAGAGGAGUGGCUCACUGGGCAAGAUUCGGGAUGUGCUUCGUCGAAGCAGUGAGCUCCUGGUGAGGAAGCUCCAGGGGAAUGAGCCUCGACCUUCCAGCAGCAACAUGAAGCGGGCAGCCUCCUUGAACUAUCUGAACCAGCCCAAUGCAGCACCCCUCCAGGGCUCCCGGGGCCUCAGUGCCAGUACCAUGGACCUCUCAUCAAGCAGCUGACAUUCAACCAACUCUCCCAGGUCUGCUGGGUCCCAUCACAGCCCUCACAGCAUUCCCCAUUGCUCCUAGCUCUUCCCCAUCCCAAGGUGGGACAAUGAGGGGGAGCAGUUUAAUCGGGGAUUGCUUCUGUCCUUAGGGUUUCUGCUCCCUCCUCAGGAAUACCCCUCAGGAAGGACCCUCAGGACACCCUCUCCCCACCCUAUGGUCCUCUGAAUAGCUAACUCUGAGGCCCCUAAGGUGGGUAAGAAGCAGUUAUGGACCUCAGAGAUGCCACCAGCUGCUGGCUUCUCUAUCACAGGGGUUGGGGGCUGGCCAGCCAAGCCGCCUUGCCAUGGCCUCUCUCUUUUGCCUCUGCUGCCUCACUUCAGGUCCGUGUAUUUCACUUUUCUUAAAUAAAAGGAUCAGGUAAACA